CUCUAAACCACCCCCAUUACCUCACCUCAUUUGCAUCACACUUUCUUUAGAUUUCCAACAAUCCUUCAACACACACACUGACACACACAAUAUUCAAACUUUCUAUAGUCUCUAUUCUAUAAUUCUUUUCUUUGAUUUGCAGUCACACCCCAUCAAUUUCUCAUGAUUUUUAACCCCCAAUUUCAAUUGGGCCAAAUUCAAUUCCCCUCCCAAUUUUCUGCAUAAUCAAAAAAUGAAUUCUUUGGUGGGUUCAUUUGUGUUUCCUCUAAAUUCAAGGAAUGUAUCUUAUUUUUCAUCUGGGUAUUCUAAAUCUACCAAAAAGAUUGUUACUUUAUUCAAUUCCAAGAAACCUGUUUGUUGUAGUGUUGCCCCUCACAAUUUAAAGCCUCCUGCUGGUGAUUUUUGUUCCUCUAAUUUCAAUGAUUCUUCUGUGAAUUUUUUUACUGAAGAUUUGGAGGAGACGGAUGUGCUUAUUGAGUGCAAAGAUGUUUACAAGUCAUUUGGGGAGAAACACAUCUUAAAAGGUGUAAAUUUUAAGAUUAAGUAUGGAGAAGCAGUUGGGAUUAUCGGGCCUUCUGGCACCGGAAAAUCCACCAUUUUAAAGAUCAUUGCCGGGCUUCUUACGCCAGAUAAGGGGGAAGUUUACAUUCGAGGACGAAGAAGACAUGGACUAAUAAGUGAUGAUAACAUGUCUGGCCUUCGAAUUGGCUUGGUAUUUCAAAGUGCAGCACUUUUUGAUUCUUUAACGGUUCGGGAAAAUGUUGGUUUUCUUUUGUAUGAGCAUUCAAGAAUGCCUGAGGAUAAAAUUAAAGAACUUGUUACCGAAACUUUGGCUGCAGUAGGAUUAAAGGAAGUUGAGGACCGCAUGCCAUCUGAGUUGUCUGGAGGGAUGAAAAAAAGAGUUGCUCUAGCACGAUCCAUAAUAUAUGAUACAACCAAAGAUGCAAUAGAACCUGAGGUGCUUUUGUAUGAUGAGCCAACUGCAGGACUUGAUCCAAUUGCAUCUACUGUAGUUGAAGAUCUGAUCCGGUCAGUUCAUUGCAAAGGUGAAGAUGCACUUGGGAAGCCUGGAAAGAUUGCAUCUUAUGUGGUUGUAACUCACCAACAUAGUACCAUUAGACGAGCCGUUGACAGGUUGGUGUUUUUACAUGAGGGAAAGGUUGUAUGGGAAGGAAUGACUCAUGAAUUUACUUCCUCUACAAAUCCAAUUGUUCAGCAGUUUGCCUCCGGGAACUUGGAUGGACCUAUUAGGUACUAAGCCUAAAUGCACAUGUUAUAGUAGUUAUAACUGCUUCCUGAUCUCUGGAAUUUUACAAAAUUCUGUUUGAAGAAACUCCACGGAUUCCUCAAAAGGUCAGAAACUGCCAAACUGGUGCCAAAGUAGAUAUCCAUUUGAGCCGGAAUAGAGCUUUUACACAUGUACCAGGAGUGACGACAUUCUUUUACCUAUCCAUAACUGGUUUGGGAUAAUAAACUUUUUUGUUGUUUAGUAUAGUUAGACUUAAUUGUUCCGAGUUUUUUUUUUCAUCUUAGUGUUAUAAUGCCCAUACUGUCUGUAAAUCUUGACCAAAGCCCAUGUCAUAUUGCGAGCUAUUAGCUGCUACAUUUUCUUUUUUGCAGAUGUAAUGUAAUAAUACCAAAAUAAGUCUCUAACCAUCUAAAUUUAAAUAUAAUAUUUUACUUA